AUGAUUCCCCAAAUCGCCGUGCUGUCGGUACUGCUGCGAUGCUCCCUAUCCGAGAUACACCGAGGCGGGAUUCUCUAUCCUCGAAACACGGAAACUCGCCAAGUGGUACCGUUGGAUGGACUUUGGAACUUCGUAGCGCCCAAUAUCACCAACCCGUUCGUCGGAUUCGACCAGCUGUGGUACCGGGACAGCCUGAAAAAGAUUAAGGAUUUCGACGUGCACUUGAUGCCGGUACCGGCCAGCUUCAACGACAUAACGACCGAUUGGAAAAUCAGGGACCACUUGGGCUUGGUUUGGUACGAUCGGUACUUCUUCGUGCCGAAAUAUUGGGAGAACGAAGGCAGAGUGUGGCUGAGAUUCGGUUCCAUUUCCUACGCCGGGCAAGUGUGGAUCAAUGGGGAACUGUUGAUGAGCCACGAAAUAGGCCACCUGCCGUUCGUCGGUGAAGUGACUGGGCUCCUGAAAUUCGGGCAGGAGAAUUUGGUGACGGUUUCCUGCGAUAAUACGUUACUUUCGGAUACUAUACCGCAAGGGAAAGUCGAGGAACUCGUCAACGGGCGGUUGGAUUUAACGUAUACUUUCGAUUUUUUUAAUUACGCCGGAAUAGAUAGGCCUGUUUAUUUAUACACCACCCCGAAAACCUACAUCGAUGAUAUCACCGUCGUGACGUCACAUCUCAAAGAAUCUACCGCUAUAUUAGAUUUCAACGUGACCGUUAUCGGUAACGAUACGAGCAACUUAAAAUGCAAAAUCACCCUAAUCGAUAAGGAAUUUCCCAUCUUAUCGACCUACGAAGAAGCAUCGAAUUGCCGCGGUAGAUUAGAAGUGAAACACCCGAAAUUGUGGUGGCCAUAUUUGAUGCACGACGAGCCCGGAUACCAAUACACGUUCAAGGUAGAAUUGUUGAACCAAAACGCCACGAUCGAUGCCUAUUCCACUCCGAUCGGUAUCAGAACGUUAUCGUGGACGAACUCGUCGUUUACGAUCAACGACAAACCGGUCUAUUUGCACGGUUUCGGCAGACACGAGGACUCGGAUAUCAGAGGCAAAGGAUUGGAUCUACCGCUGGUGAUAAGAGACCAUAAUCUGAUCAAAUGGAUCGGCGCCAACGCCUACAGGACCUCUCAUUAUCCCUACGCCGAGGAAAUCAUGGACGUAGCCGACGAAUUGGGCAUUAUGAUCAUCGACGAAUGUCCCAGCGUGAAUACGGAGAUAUUCUCCGAUUCGCUUCUGUCGAAGCACAAAAUAUCCUUGACGGAAUUGAUAAAAAGGGACAAGAACCGACCGGGCGUGAUAAUGUGGAGCGCCGCCAAUGAGCCCAGGACGCAAUAUCCAGCAGCUAAACUCUAUUUCAAGCAAAUCAUCGAUCACAUUAAGAGCUUAGAUGUCACCAGGCCGACUACGAUAGUCGAAGCGCAAAGUUACAAUAUCGUGGAAUCGUCGUUUUACGUGGACAUAAUCAGCUUCAACAGAUACAAUGGUUGGUACCAAUACGAAGGCGACUUGGACGUGAUAUCGUACUACGUGAUCAAGGAGGCGCAGGCGUGGCACGAGAGGUUCCAGAAGCCGGUGAUGAUGCAAGAAUACGGCGGCGAUACCUUGGAGGGAUUGCAUUUCUUGCCUUCGUUCAUUUGGUCCGAGGAGUACCAGAUUCAGCUGAUGUCCGAACAUUUCAAGGCCUUCGACGUGUUGAAAGAGCGGAACUUCUUCAUCGGCGAGUUCAUUUGGAAUUUCGCGGACUUCAAAACGGCCGAGACUUAUACACGAGUCGGCGGUAAUAAAAAGGGCAUUUUUACGAGGCAACGACAGCCGAAAGCCAGCGCCUUCUUCGUCAGAAAACGGUACUGGGCAUUAGCUAAAGAAUACAAUUCUAAUCUCACUUUACCCAACGAUCUCGAUUCGUAUUAUAUCAAACGGAAAUCUCAACACGUCCACAACGAACUGUGA